AUGAUCGAGCCUCGGCUGUACGUGGUGCGGCGGGCUCUCGGGUCUCAACGUGAUUGCUUGAUCUUGGGCCCCCCUUUCGGCGGCUACACCCUGAGGGCCUCGCUGCCCUGGCUCCUCGUCAAUCUCUUUACGCUGUUUCUGUCGCUCCCGCGAAUAAGGACUGCUUUGGCAGCGCCCACGUGGCUCCUCACCCUUUGCCCGGCGCACGGCGCCUACUUGGCAGGGUGGCAGCUCGGGGAUGAUGAUGAGCAAGCGAGUGGGGUCUCUCCAGCAUCGACGGGCGAUCGUGCCGGGAGGAUCGAUCUGCAGUUUCAGAGGUGCCCCGAAGGGCCAGACGCUUUCCUCUGUGGCAGAGCGACGCGCAGGCUGGCACGGCCGCCUGUUUCUCAGGCGCUCUUCUCUGGGAUAAGCGACGCAGGUUGGCACGGCCGCCUGUUUCCAUAA